UAGCAGCAGAAGCAGCAGCAGUUCAUCGCUCGCCAGGAAGAGAUGGAUCGAUUCUUACGGUUUUUCGUCAAAUUUCACGGCUAUGCUAUCGCACUGCUCAGCAUCUUGUUUGCUCUAGUGAGCGUACUCUUCACUAGACUGAAUUUCAACUACCCGUUAGACGAGUGGUACAAUUUUCGCUUCUCCGGCAUCCCGAUGCUGAUAUUGGGAGCAGCUUGGAUAAUGGCCAGCAUCGUUCUCGUAGUCGGAGUGUUUAAGGAAUGCCCCAAGCUGAUCUACCCAUAUGGGGCCGUAUUCGUGGUGGAGCUGGGGACAUUGAUUUUGCGAGACGUCUACCUGCUCGUGGCUGGCAAGGACUGGGACGAGAUGGUGUUCAUCAACAUCAGCGUUGUGCUGUUGCUCUUCAUCAUCCCGUACAUCGCACUGAGCUUGCUCGCCCUGCUCAAGCUGAUCGAAGUGGAUCCAAUCAUGCCGAAAAGUCGUUCCGAUAACUUCGUGCGAUUUGACAACACUCAAACCAACACGGAAGCAUAGGAGGACUUUUCUUGUUUUUUAGAUUUUCGGGCACGCAUCUUGAUACCACUUUGUGCAACAGCAACAACAACUACAACAACAACAACAACAAUGUUUGAAAACACGCGGUGAACGAAAAAGAAAAGGGGCCAAACUCAUCAAUGGUCAGGUAGGUAUGCGUGAUUGAUCACUUAGCAGCAUCACUAAACGUCGGGUAGGAAAUGAGUUCGCCUCCUUUAGUGUUUCAAUAGCGUCUUUCUGCUGUUGUUUGCUAUUAUAUUGCUCUGUUACAACGAAAAUUGCUCCAUGAUCACCGCCCGACACUGUAUUACGCGAUCACAAAUGCGCGCGCGCAUCAUAACGAGUAGGUAGGCUUUUUACCCACAAACUGUCUCCCCCUUUGAGGGAAAGACACACACACACACACUGUCAGACAGUCAAUGGAGAUGAAGAUUUUAAUUGCUUAUUGUUAGCUUUGGUGGUGUAACGGUGCAUUUUCUUAUUUAUGUGUAGUUUCUUCUUCGCUAUUUUUUCCUCGCGAAAAAAGCCCCGGGAGUCUUUCUAUCGAACUAUUUGUAAGCUCAAAACUGGAAAAACUGAUGAUGAUGGCUACGCUCCUCUAGCAGUAAGAUGAACAACAACAACAAUAACAACGACGACAACAUCAACACUGUGUCACCCCUUAUUUAUCAUGUAUCUUGAAGCGAAUUUUAAGUAGCUAUCUUUUUAACCUUGCAUUUUCCCUAGGUUUAACUGAAAACCGCGACUGACUGAUUUCUAUAUGUACUUCUAGUGUGCUAAGUUUUAAUUUUAACACUUUCGCUAAAGAAUGCUUUCGAGACGAUUUUACUGCCACAGGAUCGUAGUCACAUGGACAUUUGCAAACAUAUUUAUUUCAUCGCAUACCUUUAUUGAAGCAGAUUUUAUCGAACGAGUUAAGUUUUAAUCGUCAGUAUUGUUAUG